AUGCUGCAGCUGAGGAACGAGGGGAGCCAAAGUGCAGGCCCAGGGGCCUGGGACCCCAAGUCUCUGAGGUUGUCAGUGCCAUCCAAGGGCCCACUGCCUGGGGAAGGGCAGGAAGCCCCUUUGACCAAGUCAUGGCUCCCACUCUACCCCUCAGGUCCCCGGCUAUCUGGAGGCCACAGCCUUCAUGAAACAUCCACGGUUCUAGUGGAGACUGUGACCAAGUCUUCCUCAAGCCAGGGCUCCAGCUACAGUUCCAUCCCCAAGUUCUCCUCGGAUGCCAGCAAGGUGGUGACACGGGGCCCUGGGCUGUCCCAGGCCUUUGUGGGCCAGAAGAACUCCUUCACCGUGGAUUGCAGCAAAGCAGGCACCAACAUGAUGAUGGUGGGCGUGCACGGGCCCAAGACCCCCUGCGAGGAGGUGUACGUGAAACACAUGGGGAACCGGGUAUACAAUGUCACCUACACUGUCAAAGAGAAAGGGGACUACAUCCUGAUCGUCAAGUGGGGUGAUGAAAGUGUCCCUGGAAGCCCCUUCAAAGUCAAUGUGCCCUGAAUCCCACAAGUGCCUCCCCCAGCCUCAGCCCCCACCUCCAGCCAAACCACACUCACUCUCACACACACACACACACACACACACACACACACACACACACGUGCCACACGCAGAUCACAUGCGCAGAAUCAGACACUACAAGCACCUGCCCUGGGUGUGAAGUGAAUGCACAGCCUCACACCCACUGUGCCCUGGAGGUUGGAGGGCCUCGUCUGUCUCAGGACAGUGUCCCUCCCUCAAACAUGACAUGAGGGCAGAGGCUGUGACCUGAGAGGCUGGACAGGGAUUGGGGGCCAGUGAAGCCCUGAGUUUCCUGGCACAGCUGAGGCCAGUGUUGGGGGUGUCUGUGUGUGUGAGAAGUCACCCUCAAGCCGCACUCCCAGCCAGGCCUCCCUGCCCCUGAGGACUGCGUCUGGCCGCUCUGGUGGCCACAACCCCAGCGUGUUAAGGACUUGGAAAAGAAAGCACAAUCAGAGAAGAAAACAGACCCUGAAGCAAGCCACACGUGGACUGGCCCUCAGCAUUGCCUACUUCACCCCAGCCAGGCUUCCUGGGGGACUGAUUUCUCUUUUUUUUUUUUUAUGGUUGCACAGCUCUGCCCCAUGGGGGGCCUUUUUUACACACUGCGAGGCCCAGCUUUCUGGGGGACUUUUGCACAUGUAAUGUGGCUCAGCUGGGAGCUGCUUAGGUGGAAAAUUCCAAAUAAAGUGAGGCCUGUCGCAGA